AUGAGUUCUGCCUUAUCUUCUAAUUGGAAAAGGCUUCAGAAAAAGCGAAAACGAGACGAUUCAGGUAAACAAGAAAUUAAAACUCGACCCAAAUUCACCAAAAAUGGUUCAAAUAAACCAAAAGCAUCGAUAACUGUAUCUGAUCUAGCAGAUCACACUCCUAAAUUACAAAAGCUAGAUGUAGCAAAACCUGUUAGCAAUCGCCAGAAAGAAAUAGGAAAGUUUGUGGCAAUGGACUGUGAGUUUGUUGGUGUUGGAGAAGAUGGAGUAAGAUCAGUUCUUGCAAGAGUUUCGCUUGUAAAUUAUCAUGGAGUCACCAUUUAUGAUCAGUUUGUUAUCCCAACAGAAAAAGUGACCGACUGGAGAACGGCUGUUAGUGGAGUCACUCGUGCCCACAUGAAAGAUGCAGUCACUUUCAAAGAAGCACAAGAAAAGGUAGCUAAAAUAUUAGACGGGAGGAUUCUUGUAGGUCAUGAUGUUGGUCAUGAUCUGGACGUUUUGAUGCUUUCACACUCACGAUUUAUGACUAGAGAUACAGCUAAGCAUACUCCAUUCAGGAAGAAGUACGCAGCAGGAAAGACACCAUCUUUGAAGAAAUUAUGCAAAGAGAUUCUAGGAGUUGAAAUCCAGUCCGGUCAGCAUUCGUCUGUUGAGGAUGCAAGAGCAACAAUGAUGAUCUACAAAUCUGCCAAAAAUGAGUUCGAAAAUCAACUCCAAAAGACCAGGGGAGCGCAAUCUACUUAA